GAAUUCAGUCGCGAUUCAUUCGUCGAACUAAAUAGAAGAAGUGUUUGCAGCUUCGUACUUUUCAGUUUGCGGAGAUUAACAUUUGGUUUAGGCAUUACAAAAACGUGCUUUUUCUCUUGUGAUAAACCACGGUUUAUAAGGAUUGGAGCGAUAUCGUUCCAUACCAAACGGUCGCUGGGUGGUUGGCUGCGAGAGUCGUUCGCAGUGCGCGCGCGUGUACAUCACUCCGUCACCCGACGUUGAGAGUGUCUUACUGCAGCUGCACGACCGAAAGCAUGGAACGCCGGCAAGUGUGAGCGAUUGAAGUUUCUGUUUUGCCUGUCCGAGAAGAGCAAAUCUACACGCGAAGAAUGGAUGUCACUAUUCUGCUGUCUGGUGCCAAAACACAAUGAUAAUAUCGCAAUAUUAUUCUCGAGUUGGCGAGCAACAUUGUCGAGAAGUGCUGACUGCUGAUAGUCGAAAUAUGUGUUUGCUUUGAGAAAAGUGCUGUGAAUAUCCAAUGAAACUUAUCAAAUAAAAACUGUGUUCAGUUCACAGAAAUGCAGUGCAAAGUUUACCUUAGCUCUAGAAUAUAAAUUAGAUUAUUGUAGGAAUUGAAGAAAAAAUCAAUGAAAAACUAGGUCAAUGUGAAGUGAAGAUAUAUAAACGAAUCAAAAGCAAUACCCUCAAGUAUUAUACAUCAAUCAUAUAAAUAUACAAAGACUGCAGCAUCAGUAUCACGGGGAGACCCAAAAAAAACGGCCAAAUCUUAUACAAUCGGAAGAGAUUCGAUAUAUAAAACAGCACGCAAGUGGCACAACAUCAUCAUAAUACAGUGCGGCAAGGCGAUGGAGGCAAUAAUUAGUACAAUAAAGGGUUUUGAUCAGCAACAUCAGCUCCGGAAGUUUCCACACAUACACAAUGAACACCGGAUACAUCAUCGAGAUGAACACGAUUUCGCCAAGAUGGCGCACCGCCGAAUGAACAUCGACCACAUCAAGAUACAGGAUCAGCGGCAGCAGUCGCAGGAAGAAAUGGCACAAGAAAAAUCCAUACAAUCCAUACAGACGACGCCGGCUGCCCCAAGCUCCGCAUCGCUUCAGCAGCUUGAUCACCAAAGGAUACACUUCCUCCAGACUGCCGAAGUGAACUAGACCGGGACGUCUUCCUGAAAAGCACCUGCGUUCAGAUUAUCGCAGUUUCCAUCCUCUUGAGUUUUGUGUGGCCCACGUUCAAGUAUUAUGCGAAACUCACCGCAAUCCUGUUGAUGUCCUUUUUGGUGCUGGUUAUACCGAUUCCGCUAUUUCUAUUCAAGCCCCGUUGGCCACUAAAUGCGCUCAUUCCGGGUAUUGUUGCGUGCGAAAUCAUCCGAUGGUUCGGAGUGCAGUACGAAAUUCGGGGGAAGGAACAUAUCAACGUCAAUAAUGGCGGGGUGGCCCUCAUCAAUCAUCAAAGUGCCAUUGACAUCGUGCUGCUAUCACGUUUGCUGCGUGAGUUCCGAAAUAUUGUCCCCGUGGUGAAGAAAGAAUUAUUUUAUGCCCUUCCCUUUGGAAUUGCCUCCUAUCUGGUGGGGGUGGUUUUCAUUGAUCGGAAGAACACCAGCUCAGCAAAAGAUGUCAUGAAACGCGAAGCGGUUGCUAUUCAAAGGGAUAACCUCAAGCUGGCCAUAUUCCCCGAGGGCACACGACACGGCAAAGACACGCUACUCCCUUUCAAGAAGGGUUCGUUCCACGUGGCUAUCGAUUCACAGUCGGUAAUCCAACCGAUCAUAGUUUCCAAGUACGCUUUUUUGGAUCACAAAAAGAAGCGAUUCGGCAGAGGUCGGGUGAUCGUGAAGAUCUUGCCGGAGAUCUCGACUAAGGGCAUGACCAAGGACAACAUCAAUUCUCUGGUGGAAAAAUGCCAAACCACUAUGCAAAAGGAAUUUGACGCACUCAGUGCGGAAGUUAAACAGUACUGCCAUCUGUAAAAGUGAGGGAUCAAUUAGCUUAGGACUCUGUUGUGUAGUUUACAGUAGCAUAGGAAUUCUAACAAUUUGAUUAGUACUGAGCAUGACAAGUAUUUCGUAGAACUGUAGUCACUUGCAUUCAUCAGUACCUGAGUUUUGAGGAGCAUGCUCAAGUACUUCACGUAGUCAAUUGGUCGAAGAGUGAGGAGCAAAAAUUUUACUACAAUGAGGCGCAUUUUGUAAUCACAAUUUAAAAACUAUUAACUACCGUUGAUAUUGUUUAGAUUUCCAAGGUCAUUAGAAAUAUAGGUUUAGGGGAUCAUGUUCAUUCUACAGUUGAAUGUUUAAUAAAUAUGAUUAAUUUUUAAAAAGUUUUA